AUGUCCCCCGUCCUGGCUGCUGUGGACGAAGUUCAUCAAGAGCUCCUGCAGUUGGUGGAAGAGCAGAGGAGAACAUGGGAAGAGUCUUUGAGGACCACCCUGGAGAGGCUACGCCGGCCCAGCACGCAGCUCUUCUCUGAACGCUUGCGGAGCACCGAGCAGCUGAAGCCGGAUGAGGAGGUCAUCGACCCCACUGGCACGGAGGACUUGCACAAGGACACGAUGGAGAUCCUCUUUGGCACAGCAAAGGAGAGCGAUGCCCAGCUUUCCACGAUGAUCACACCCACGAGCCCCAGGCUAUUGACGUCCAACACCAUGAAAGCUUUUCUCAAGGAGGAUGAAAAAUCAAAGAGAAACGCCUUCAACCAAAAACUGAGGGGCUAUGUUGAUGCCACAGCUGCCACUUUGGUGCUGCUGAAUGGUGCAGUGAUGCUGGUGGAGUUUGAGUUGGAGGGGCGCAUCAAUGGAACCAUUGUGGGAAGCGGAGAGGAUGCACAAGUGCCACAAUUCCAACAGUUCUUGGAAGUGGCACGAGUGGUUGACAAUGCGUUUGUCUUCGUGUUUCUGGUCGAAUGGAUUUGCCGAAUCGUCCUUGACAAAUGGAAUUUUCUACGUGACUUUGCCAACUGGUUCGAUACCUUGCUGGUCUUUAUUGGCUUGGUGGAGUUUGUUGUGUCUUUGACCAUGGAAGAGGCCUCUGCAGCAUCCAGAAGUAUAGUCCUCCUUCGAAUGAUGAGAGUCCUGAAAUCUUUGAGAGCAAUACGGAUGGCCCGUAGCCUUCGCUUCUUGCGUGGCCUUCGACUACUGGUGAAAGCCUGUCAGUGCUUCCUUCCAUCAUUGUGCUGGUCCAUGGUGCUAUUAGGGUUGAUGAUGACCAUUGGAGCACUACUGUUGGGCAACUUGCUGUCAACGUUUGUGCUCGACCCAACGCUGAAUGAAGCGGAUCGAAGAUGGCUUUGGGAACGCUAUGGCACGGCGUACCGGGCCUCCUACACUUUGUUUGAGAUCACAUUCGCUGGAUCGUGGCCUACGCUCACGCGGCCAGUGAUGUCAAAAGCGAGCGAUGCAUUUGUGAUUUUCUUCGUGUUCUAUAUAACUGUGGUUGUAUUUGCAGUGAUUCGAGUUAUUGGCGCUGUCUUCCUGAAAGAUACCUUGGACGCGGCUCAAAACGAUGCCGAGCAGUUGGUGAUCGAUCGCUUGCAAAAGAAGCAGCAGUUUGUCAAGAAGCUGGAGGGGAUCUUCAACUCAAUCGAUGAAGGCAAGGAUGGGCUGAUCACGGAGGAGCGGCUCUCGGCGAUCCUGGAGAUUCCGCAAGUGGAGGCAUAUUUUCAAACAAUGGAUUUGGAUGUGCGAGAGGGUCGAGCUUUGUUUCACCUUAUCGACAACGGUGAUGGAGAGGUUACUCUGGAUGAGUUCAUCGAUGGAAUCAUGAGAUGCAAAGGCCCCGCCCGAGCCAUCGAUCAGGUGGGAAACCUGCCGGGCAUGGAGUGGGGUUGGCGUCAUGAUGUUAUGUAUGGGCACGGGGACGCACCCCAUAACAACCCUGCCUAUGUUUUUUCACAUUCCGCGGUCUUUCCACACGGCGUUCACCUAGCUGUUUUUAACGGAAGACAAUUGUUUCGGAAAAUUUUUGUGUUGCCUUCAUUUGAUUUGUUUCUUGUUGUUUUUCUUGCUUUACGAUUUCUCCUGUCUUGCGUUGUUUUUAGGCGUUUGCGUUUUUCCCCGCUUUGCUUUUGUUUUUCAUUGCUUUCCUGUCAAUUCUCCCGUGUUUUUUGUUUUCUUGUUUUUUGCGUUUGUUUUGCAUUCCCCACCUGUCGGGUGAGGGUUGUUAGAGUUUAUGUCAGCUGCCUUGCUCCUCCUCCUCCUCCUCCUCAUCGUCCUUCUCCUCAACCGCCAGCUCCAGCUGGCAGUGUUCCCCGCCGGACCUCAGCCGCGAGCUUCGGCGGGCAGUGUUCCUCGCCGGACUUCAACGGCGAGUCAGAAGAUAUGCCACAUAGAACGCCAGAAAGAAUGUCAGAAAGAAUGCCAGAAGAUAUGCAGACGAUAUGCCAGAUAGAAGGUCAGAAAGAUGUGAGAAGAUAUGCCAGUCAGAAUGUUAGACUGAAUAUCAGAAGAGAGGCCAGAAAGAAUGUCAGAAGAUAUGCCAGAAAGAAUGCCGAAAGAAUGUUUCAAUGCAUGCCCAAAAACUUGCCAGAUUGA